AAAAGCCUUAUCUAUAGCUAUUUGAGGUGGUCCUUGUUUUGCUACCUUCAAUUGUAACCCUCUCCCAAUAGAGUUUAGAAAAUAAAAAAAUCAGAAAUUGUAAACGCUCUCUGAUCCGAUUAAUUAAUCUAAUCAAGAAAAAGUAAAUGGCUUCAACAUUCAGUGGCGAUGAAACUGCUCCGUUCUUUGGUUUCCUCGGUGCUGCUGCUGCCCUCGUUUUCUCCUGUAUGGGAGCCGCUUAUGGGACCGCGAAAAGUGGGGUUGGUGUGGCGUCCAUGGGUGUGAUGAGGCCAGAACUGGUGAUGAAGUCGAUCGUCCCCGUGGUUAUGGCUGGUGUUCUCGGUAUUUAUGGCUUGAUUAUUGCUGUUAUCAUUAGUACCGGAAUUAACCCAAAGGCUAAAUCUUAUUACCUUUUCGAUGGAUACGCUCAUCUCUCUUCUGGUCUCGCUUGCGGACUUGCUGGUCUUUCCGCUGGUAUGGCUAUUGGGAUCGUGGGCGAUGCUGGCGUUAGAGCCAAUGCACAACAGCCAAAGCUAUUUGUUGGGAUGAUCCUCAUUCUUAUCUUUGCUGAGGCAUUGGCACUAUAUGGCUUGAUUGUUGGCAUUAUUCUCUCUUCCAGAGCUGGUCAGUCGCGAGCCGAGUGAUAAAGGCCUAAUCAGUGACUCUUAUGGAUCCUUGAAGAGUUGUUCAAUAUAUUCUUCUUUCUUUUGCUGGUAUAGAUAAGUUUUGCCCAUAAAGUAUUGUUCUACAUAAAAUUUAUUGGCUGCCAGCCUUUGAGCUUUUCUAGAGAUUGAGAAAUCCGAUGGGCUGAUGAUAGUAGAUUAGAUAAAUAUUAGUUAGUUGUUUCAAUAAAAUUUGUAAACAUUGUUUCAUUUGUGAAGUUGUGUGCUUGUGGAUCUUGUUUAAA